AUGUGGAAAGUAGGAGAGACCGUUGCUGUAGGGGUAGGCGGAGGCUCGGCUCUGCUGUCAAACGUCGCUCCGGACGCGUCCAGAGGCGCUAAGAAAAUAUCUGCCGGAGCGAGGUCAACCAGCCCGACAUCCACGUCACUUAGGCGAAGGCCGCAGCACCAUAAGCGACAUUCCCAGUCAAGCUCCUCGUCUGCCGCCGCUUUGUUCCGUACCGGGCAAACCCCGGCCGGCGAUUGGCGAGGAGCGGCAACCAGCACAACAAAGUGGCGUUGUCGGGCCGCCGUUCCGCACCAAGCCGCUGGUUCCAGAAACCGAGGUUCAGCUGAGGAUGAGUCGGACAUAGACGGGCUUGCAGAAGAGAGCGCGGUGCUGCGAAUCACGAACCACCACGUGGAUAUGGACCUGUCAGCAGAUGACACAGCAUCUGGCGACAGCGUGCGAGCAGUCGCAUGGUCCGACGAUAGCAGGUUACUCGUAGUCGAAGCAGACGAUGGGAGCGAGAUCAAAAGCAACGGUAGAGGGGGUGAACGUGCUGUGAACGGCAAUGCCCUAGGGAGAGAUAGUGGACGGCAUAAAAUAGUGGCGAAGGAAGAGGAGGGAAUGGGGGAAGGAGAGGAGGAGCUAGGGGUGGCUAGCGAACUCCCUAUACCGAUAUUAUCUUCCGCAGAAGAACCCAACCGGCCGUACGAGUUCAAGAUCCUCAAGGAGGAGCUGAAGUUCUCACGCUACCUGAAUGUCUUCAACCGGGUGGUCGAGCAUCCCCCCCAGCCUCUCCCCAACGGCCAAACACUCCCAGCCAGCAUGACCCGACCAGCAUCGGACGAGCACCCGGUCGGCGGCGAUUGUCUGCUAGCGGAGGAGUUCGGGGUGACAGAGGAGCGACCGGCAAACAGCAGCGGGCACUCGGGCGGGUGGAUAGGGUACGGGCUGGAGCUGGGGCAGGUGCAGGGCGGGCAGGGGGAGCAGCGCGUGGAGCUGUGGCCGCAGCAGGUGGUGGAAUAUGAUGUGGUGGCAGCUAAGACCAAGUCGUGCCACUUCGUGUGCGUGCUGCCCUUCCAUUCAAAGACCCAGACGGUUACUCUAUUAAAGGAGUACGCACAGGGAGCGAACGCGCUGGUGUACACGGUGCCAUGUGGGGGCUACACAGACAACCACACGUCCCUGGAAGACUGCGCCCGCAGAGAGCUGUCUGAAGAGGCGAGGCUGUGUGGAGGGCAGCUCAUCAAGCUCGUGGGAGACGACCACCCUGGCCUGCUCGAGGUCAAGUGGUGCAAGAACCGCUUCACUCCCUUCCUUGUCAUCGACCCUCAGGACGACUCCGACCCUCUCCCAAGGGAUUUAGAGGAGUUCAUAGAGGUGCACCGGGUGCCGGUGGGGGACCUGCAGGGCAUGGCGCUGAGUGGAGACAUGCUGCUGCCCUCGGUAGUCACCUGCACCAUGGCUCUUCAGUACCUCAAGGACAACGGCUGGCUUUAA